CCCUAACUCUUGGAAAUGGCAGGUCUCUGUGGUCUCAAGAUCCUGCUGGUCUGUGCUGGGAUCAUCAUUUUGGCCAACUGCCAAGAUGGAGAUCAACCUGCAGGUCAACCAAAUAUAGCACAAGGUGCAAAUACAACAGCCACUCCUGCUCCUCCUGCAAGCACCUUACCCUCACCUUCACCCUCACCCUCAACCACACCCUCAACCACACCAAAAUUAGACUCUCAGGCAAACACCACUCAAUCCCAGACUUCACCUCCAAUCACCAUUUCCAUCACUACAGUGACUCCCACUAAAGCCACCACACCAGCCCCUCCACAGUGUUCUUACACUGUCAAAGCCAUCAGGUUUGGCUUCCAGAUUGACAUGAUGACCUCUACUACUGGCAACUACACAAUAAACAUUAAAGAAAAGGGACGACCAAAGACUGAAGAAAGAUCCACCGUUCAUUCCUUCAUUCAAAACUCCAAACAUGAAAUCAAAGACCUGAAGCCCUGUACUGAAUAUGAGCAUAAUGUGACAUUUAUUGAUAGUGCUGGCAAUGUAACAUCCUGUAACAACACUGAAAAUAAAACACAGACAAUUACAAUAAGUGAAGGUGACAUUAGUGAAGGCAGCUGCAAGCCUGGAUACGUUUGUUACCGGAGUGAUUGGGACAUCAGCUCUUCACUAUUUUCAUCAAAUAAUAUUCCAGCUGAGAAAUGCACAAAUGAUAGUACAUUUUUCUGUAUCAAACCUCGUUACGAUGACAUUUGCACAGAUUUGACUACAACCUUCACUUCAGAAACCUGUUUGAGUUCCUUUAACCUCACCAGAAGCAUCACUGUUGAUUCCUUAGAUCCUGAAAUAAAUCAGACGUUUCUAAAUGAACUUCCUGUAAAAAUAGAAUCAAUAAAACCAAAAUUACCUCCAAACUGCAACCAUCUCACCAUUGAUUACACCUGUCGGGAAAAUGGAAACAAUCACACCAAGGAGCUGUCUGAGCUGGAGCCCUUCACAGAAUACAGCUGUAAUGGUCAGAUCAAGGAAAACAACGUCACCAUUAAAAACACAUCUACUUUCAACUUCAGGGUUGACUGUGAUCUUACAAUAAAUUACAUAAAGGAGAGUGCAACCAAUACCACUAGUACCUCCAUUUAUCUGAGAUGGAGCACGACCAGUAAGAACUGUCAAGAUGUCCUUCCUAAUCUUCAGAAGCUUUCUUACGACUGCAGUUGUACUCCCUCAAAUAAGAAACACAGAAGUACAACUAACAAACUACCAUCAGGAGGAACAUGUAAUAUUACUGGACUGGAACCAUUCCAAGUCUAUACCUGUGUAGUCCAACCCAAAUACAACGACAAGAAAGUUCCCGAACAAAAGAAGAGAGUUACAGAGGAGACUAAGAGUGGAAAACCAGAUGAUAUAGAUAAACUGUUGGUGGCAGUUCCAGAGAAUAACGUGAUAACAGUAACCUGUGAUAAAUCUAGAAAAGUCAUGUUUAACGGACCUCGUAAAAUAUUCAAUGCAAGUCUUCUUUAUGCUGGUGUCACUCAGAAGAAAUGGAAAGAAGACAAAUGCGACUUUGUAUUCAAAGAUCUAAGCUACUCAACGGAAUACAAACUGGAGGUGACUGCUUUCAACGGACAUUUUCACAGCAAAACCGAGAUAAAAUUUGUUACCACUCGCUACAAUGACAAAGCUCUCAUUGGUUUUCUGGUCUUCUUCAUCAUCAUUGCUUUUGUGGCCUUGGUUCUAGCGGCCUACAAGAUCUACCGUUACAGAAAGUCCAAAAAUGAUGUGAGAGGGGAUGUGAUGCUUGAACCAACAGAAAUUUAUGUUAAUGUACCUCGAUAUAAAUACCAUCAUAAGGACACACUCUGAUGAAGAAAGACCUGAUGGAGCUGCAAAAUAAAUCAUUUACUCCUUUUUGUUUUUCUGUAUAAAGUAGGCCAUUUA